CAUUCCCAUCAGACCUAUUGGCCUUUUCAUAAGGUAUAUUGAUGCCAGUUUAGAAAAUAUUCGAAUCUCAGAAAAAUAAAAACCAAAAAAAUAAGAAAAAAUAAAAACCCACAUCCAAAGGGAAGCAUGACUUCUUCAAUGAGAUUUUCAUUGGUUAUCUUCUUUGCUUGUUCUCUGUUCGUUCAGGGAACCUUAGCGGAGGUGGUUUGUGAAAAUUUGCCUGCAAAUCUUUGUUCCUUUGCGAUCUCAUCAACUGGAAAGAGGUGUGUGCUGGAGAGCUACAAAAUUGGACGAGGAGAAAUUGAUUAUAUGUGUAGGACAUCAGAGGUUGUGGUAGAGAGAUUAUACGGAUAUAUUGAGUCAGAUCAUUGCGUGAAAGCAUGUGGUGUUCAUCGUGAAUCCACUAGUAUAUCGUCCGAUGUCUUUCUCUCAUCUGAGUUCACUGCCCAUCUCUGUUCCCCUGCUUGCUAUCAAAACUGCCCCAACAUUGUUGAGCUCUUUUUCAACCUUGCUGCCGGUGAAGGACUGUCUUUGCCAACGCUCUGCCAUAAUCAAAAGGAGAAUCAUAGAACCAUGUUGGCGAUUUUGAACGGUGAUGGCGCCGCCGCUGGUCCAGUGGCUGCUCCUGCUCCAUCUUUCUAAUUCAUGUAAUCAUGCAUUAUAAAUGUAGUUUUAGACUCAUCAUUUUUUAAUUUUAUGGAGAUAUUAUUAAUAAAUUAAUCAA